GAGCCUCAGGAACCUGCCAUCAGCUCAAUGAAUAUUUAACGACCACACCUACCCUGCCACAACAAAAGCCAAUCAUCACAAAAUAUAAGUAUUUAACAAUGACUGCAUACCCGCGAGAUCAUAUUGAUAGCUUGUGUCAAUUUCCGUCCGUUCUGAACGUUAUCUUGAGAGUCAGGGGAAGAAGUCCGGACAGGAAGAGCGACCCGGUGUCUCUUCGCGCUAAUCACGCCACGAUAGCGGCAGGAGAGGCAGUCGUCGCCGCGGCGCGGAGGGUGCGCAGCAGCUCUCAUGGACAGCGAGGAUGAAACCGUGGAGGAGGUCGUGGAAGGUCCAUUGGAUGAAGACGAUCAGCUCCAUGGGUUCUGCACUGUGACCUAUUCAUCCAGUGAUCGUUUUGAAGGACACUUUGCCCACGGAGAGAAGAAUGGCAAGGGAAAGUUCUUCUUCUUUGAUGGAAGUGCACUGGAGGGUUUCUAUGUAGAGGAUGCUCUGCAGGGCCAGGGGCUGUAUACAUAUGAAGAUGGAACUGUCCUCCAUGGGACAUAUGUGGAUGGAGAGCUCAACGGACCCGCUCAGGAGUGCGAUGCAGAGGGGCACCUGAUGUUCAAGGGCCAGUACAAAGACAACAACCGCUGUGGGGAAUGCUGGAUCUACUACCCUGAUGGAGGCUGUGUGUUUGGGGAGGUGAAUGAGGACGGCGAGAUGACAGGUGAAUCCGUAGCGUACAUCUACCCUGACGGACACACAGCUCUCUAUGGAAGCUUCGUGGAUUGUGAUAUAAUUGAGGCUCACCUUGCCACCCUGAUUGCCUCUGAGAGUGGAAGGCCGCGCUUCGAAAUCACACCGAACAGUCCUGUGUACUCGUUCGACAAGUCCACAUCCACCUGUAUUACUGCCCACCCUUUGCUUCCUGACCCUUAUGAGAAUCAAAGGGUGUUUGUGUCAGACUCUCUGAUCAAAGGAGCAGGAGAAGGCCUGUUUGCCAAGACAAACGCGGAUACUGACACGGUGAUGGCAUUUUAUAAUGGAGUUCGCAUCACUCACUCUGAGGUGGACAGCAGAGACUGGACGUUGAAUGGGAACACAAUCUCAUUGGACAAGGAUACAGUCAUUGAUGUCCCUCAGCCUUUUGUCAACACAAAGAGAUACUGUGCGUCCCUUGGUCACAAGGCAAACCACUCCUUCAUCCCCAAUUGCAAAUAUGACACGUUUGUCCACCCUCGUUUUGGGCCAAUUAAGUGUGUCCGAACCUUGAGGGCUGUGCAGAAAGAUGAGGAACUAACUGUUUCUUAUGGUUAUGAUGAGACAUCCGGGAAUACUGGCCCCGAGGCCCCUGAUUGGUACAAGAAGGAGCUAAUUGAGUUCCAGCAAAGCCAGGCGGCUUCCGGGAACUUGUGAAAACACAGAUGAAUUCCUGUAGGCCUAAGCAACAGAAUAAAUGUUUUGAGAGGAGAAAUGUCUCUGGCUGAAGGUGAUGUUCAGUAUAAUUUUACUAUUGUCCUCACAUUUCACUUGCAAUAAAGAUUGGGGGUUCAUACUAUUAA